AUGUUCACCGUCACCACAAAAACUACCGAUGCUGCAUACCCUAGGUACUACGGGUCCACAUUGUUAUCUAGUGAUAGGUUGAAGAUAGUUUACGAUAGGUAUGAGUCGACAAACCAAUCACUCGAAAAUUCUGAUUUCAUCACUUUAAAUUUGAUUUUUGCUCAUGGUACAGGAUUGAACAAAGAUUUAUGGAAGUACUACGUAGAACAUCUCUAUAAGUACUCGAAUGAAGUUGGUCCUAAUCAAAAGUGGUGGAUUAAGAACAUUAUUAGUAUCGAUUCAGCUACCCAUGGGGACUCUGCGCUAUUAAACGAAGGAAAAUUAGGCUGGAAGAAUAGGUGGGAGGAUGGAGGGAGGGAUAUCAAUCGCAUUGUGGAACACGAACAGUUGACCACCGGCGCCUUCUACAACGACCCAACUCACAAGAAUAUUUUGGUAGGACACUCCUUGGGUGCCAGUCAGUCAGUAUUCUCAGCCGUGUUCCAACCAAAUCUCUAUGAUCUAGUUUUCAUGAUUGAGACGGUUGGAUUUAUUGAUGAAGCUUCGUCAAAGCAUUUCAUUGGGCUCAUAAAUAGAUUAGUAGGAUUGAUGCAAGACGAAUUUGAUUCCGAAGAAGAAUUUGAUAUGUACUAUAGAAAGUUCAAUAUUACCAAAAAGUUCCACCCUAGAGUAUUGGACGAUAUCAUCAAGCAUGAGAAGUAUGAAGUAAUCAAGCCCAACGGUGAAAAGAAAUGGAGGGCUAAAGCUACGAGUAUUCAGCAAUUGACCAGCUUUAUGUCCGGAACAACGUCCAUUCCAAAUGUUAUGGCAGCUUUGCCAUCAAUAAAGACUAGUGUCAUUCACAUCGCUGCUCCAAAGGGGAAAUUUAAUCCACCUCAAACCAGCGAUUUCAUCCGUGAAGCAAUCCCUGCUGAAUACAUCACUGGCAUUGAUAUCGCUGGUGCUGACCAUAAUUUGAAUGGUGAAAUCCCGGACAAAGUCAUUGCUUUGUUGAAAGAAGCCUUGAGCAAAAGAGCAGCACUUGCACACGAGAACAAAGACCUAUAUGCUGAAAUCAAGUACAAUGGCGAUAGAAAGACAAUAUUGAAGGAGAAAUGGAAGGAAAUGGUCGGCGGAUGGUGGGUAGAGGAGAAGGCGAAAUUGUAA